AUGCUGUCCUCUGCGCUCGGCAUGGGACAUUAUACCCGUAUUAUUUCGGUAUACGAGCGCUUCGCCGUCCUUUCCACCUGCACCAUCAAGCGAGAAGUGGAGCGGAUGCUGCAUUCCACAUGCGCGGGUACCUCGCAGCAGCAGCACCAACAUCAGCAACGCCAACUUCUCACCACCGUUUGUGAUUUACUUGUGAAGAGUGGCGAGUGGCGGCGUGCAUUUGCCGUGGCUCAACACCUUCCGCUAGCAGAGCGACAAGCUAUUGUAUCUGCGGCAGAAAGGAGGCAGGAGGGCAACGCCGUAGAACAGGGGCAGACCACAUUGGGUACUUCGGCGCCUUCGAACUGCGACACAUCAGCUCCCGGUAACCUUCACAAGGCCCUAAAUGAGGAUCUAGUCCGGAUGGCCUUUGCUUUGCAGCGGAGUGGAAAGAAAGCGGCCUUAACCAGCGGCCGGGUUGAAACUGAGGGAAGUGUUGGUGUUGAUGGCGAAAUGCUGAAUACGCAGCAGCGGAUUUUUAGGGAGUUGAGUAGGCGGCACCGGUACAGAGAACUGAUUCAGUGUGUAAUAAACUGGAAGUCGAGGGGAUUAAUCCCCGUCAAACACAAAUCAGUGGCAGAUGUCAGAUGUGCUAGUAGUGAUGGUAGCAUUGACGAGCAUCACAAGGUUAGUGGAGAUGGAAACGGAUCUACUAUGGGGGCGGGCAGCAGUAGGGAGACUGGUAUUAACAGGGACAUCGUAUUUAACGCUGAACAGGCGCUGCAGUCACUCAUCUUCAACUCCACUUCCGGGAAACAGUGGGAGGAGGCAAUGCAACACCACCAAGCAUUCUUUAUUCACAUGCUCCGCGACCCAAUGGCAGCACAGCAACUGCUGCGAAAAACAGAUGUUGGGUUUUUUUCUCAACUCCUUCUAUCCCUUCUUAGGGACAGCAACGCCACAACCACCACCUUGUCUUCACCGUCUCAGGCUUGUGGCUUCAGAGAACAAGCAACUCCGUGGGACACUAUUGCAUCGAUGUGUUUUGCGCUCCGCUCGCACGUGGGGCAACAAAAGAAGGUUCUCAAGGUUGAACUUUUGCAUGCAUUGUUGAGUGCCUUGAGAAGGGAAGCCAAGACGGUGACAGUAACGAGGGAGAAUGCUGGUUUUAACUCACGGUCGAAUGUUGUUUCCGCCGCCGCGACAAGCAUGAUGCGAUCACUACCUGAUGAUAUCGGUGAUCGGUCUAUGCGGUCUUCUGUUGAGGGGCUUUGCGUGCCGUUAGUACAUCACAACGAGGCGCAGGCGCGGUUCAUCGGCCUCCCUCUCUUCGUGGAUUUGGCACUUGCGAUGUGUGACUGCGGCGUACCGGUUACCAAUGCAUUAGUUCAGUGUAUGCUCCUCUGUUUGGGGAAUAUGCAACGCCAUCGGCUAAGUGAAACGGUACCGGUUCCACAAACCAAGGCGUUGAAAAGGGAACGCGAACUGAUAAUGAGCUUGGUAACCGAACCACGGGCUGUGCGCUGGCUUCCUGCCUUGCGACUUUUGCAAACAUGUAGCGAGCAGCACCACUUUUUGGUUACAUCUGCGCAUCUGCGAUGCCUUCUUGGUGGCUUACAGAGUAUUUCUAUCCGUCAGACGUGGCCCGCUGCUCUUUCCGCUGCAUCGUUCCUGAUGACCCGUCACCACAUUUUCCCAGAUGAAGCGUCUGUGGAGAAAUUAAUGCUUAACCUCCAUGCGGCGUCAUGGCAACGCGUGUUUGAGGUGCUGCGCCUAUACGAUCGGAAGCACAUCCAGCCGUCACCCACUAUUCUUCGUGAUUUACACGUUGUGGCAAUGAAGCACAGUUCGUGGGAUACGGUUCUGCGUGUUAUGCAGAGCAUUAAAGAUGUGGGUCACCAGCAGGCAGGGUUUAUGAACUAUGUAUACUGUUUGCGGGCUUACGGAUGCGCGGGGAAGUGGAACAGCGCUGUGAAACUAUUUAUGCAACUGAAAGACGUUCCCCGCAUCGGCCUCCCACGCCCCGCCCUCAAUGAAAAGACGGUGGCAGUUCCCGUGAUAGCCAUGAUGGAAAACAAUCAUUGGGAGGAAGUCAUACAUUUUGCUAACACUGUGUGGAAAAAAUGUGGCGCGGGAUUAACAGUUGAAGGGGCUGAGGUCACCCGUGCUGCCACGCUCCUUUCUCUCGUCCACAUUGGUGAGUCUCAAAGAGUAGCGACUUUCUUGAACAAUUGUUGCGGGCAACGGAACGCCCGCGGUACCAACGCAUCAGUUUCAGCUGACGGGAAUCUAAUUCCUGACACCGGAUCAUCGGAGGUGCUUCGGGGGAUUGUGGUACGGGCGGCCCAGCUACAAACGCUUCUCGGUAUGGAGCACCUCAAUUCACCUAUCCGCCUCGUGUUUGAUCUCCUUGGCGCCGAUAAAGACGGCGAUAAAGCAGAGCAAUUCUCAGUGGACACUCGCAGUCGCUCCCCUCGCCCGCAGCUGUACCUUCCGCCGCAGCACAUUCAGCAUCAACACGAGUGGUUCGCAACGACGUUAGGCCACAUGACGCGCCAUGACGAGCGUCUCUUCUGCGCCGCUGCCCAACAGGCGGUGGCUGAGGCCAUGUCUUCCAUUGGUGUGGCACCCGUGUACCUGAAGGCGGCUCUGCUCUAA